AUGGUUGCUCCACGCUUCACCUUUUUCUUAAUUGCUGUGCUAGUUGCAUUCUUGGUCUCCUAUGUUGAACCGACAGGAGACGUUGAAUGUCCACCCAAAAUCCAAUCCGAACAAUACGUUAAAGAAAAAACUGAAAAAUUUAUCGUUAUCUUUAAAAAUGAACCUUCUGCUAAAAAAGAAGAAUCGAUUAUGGCAAAGCAUUAUAAGAUCAUGAAGGAAUGUUAUAACAAGCGUGUUGAACACGUACUCGAAAGAAAAUUAUCACCUAGUAGUAAAGAUAAUGACGUUCUUAGAGAAUUCUCUAUCGGCACCAUCCAAGGAUAUUCCGCAAAUUUUGGGAACUCUUUCGUGAAAAAACAACUUACAAAAAUGAAAGGUCUCGCUAUCAUUGAAAAGGAUGCUGAAGUCAAAAUUAAUUAUGCUGUCCCCCAACUUUAUAAACGUACAAUAGUAAAAAACCCAACACCAAAUAUUGAUCGUAUCGAUCAAGCUAAACGUCCCUUGGACAAUUCAUUUACAUUCCCGGAUACUGCUGGAGAAGGAGUUAACAUUUUUAUAAUUGACACUGGUAUUUCAACCACGCAUAGCGAAUUUGAAGGUCGUGCCAAGAGCUUGAGUGCUUUCUGUGAUGGUUGUAAUGAAGAUGAUGAAAAUGGUCAUGGCACCCACGUCGCUUCCAUUGCUGCAGGAAAAACUUUAGGAGUGGCAAGAAAAGCCAACCUCAUUUCUGUUAGAGUUUUGAACGCUGACGGUGCUGGCAAAAAUUCCGAUGUUAUAAAUGGUCUUUCCGCUGUAUUUGAACAACACGCGAAGGGUAAAAACAAGAAUUCAGUUGUUAACAUGUCGCUCGGAGGUGGCUUCUCGCUAAUCAUAAACGACGCCGUCCAGAUGCUUACCGAUAAUGGCAUUCAUGUCGUUGUCGCCGCCGGUAAUGAUGGUGCAAAUUCUUGUCAAAGUUCACCUGCAUCUGCUCCUUCCGUUAUCACCGUUGGCGCUACCGAAGCUAAUUCUGAUGACAUUGCAAUAUUUUCAAACUUUGGAAAGUGUACUGAUAUUUUCGCUCCAGGUGUUGAUAUUACUGGUGCUGACUUUAGUAAUGAUAAAGGUGAAGUAAGUUUUUCUGGUACCUCCCAAGCUAGCCCACAUGUUGCUGGUACAAUAGCCCUUGUAAUUUCCAAGGAUGGUAACCAAUCCCCAGCUGAAAUGGCAAAGUCGAUCGUCGAUUUAUCAACCAAGGGUGUUGUUAAAGGUCUCGAUGCGAAAACUCCAAACAUGUUCUUGCGUGUUCCAGCUGCUUAA